AUGGACCGGUGCACAAUCCUACUAUUUCUUUGUUUAGUCGUGAACAGCUUCUUACCGUCGCUCAGUUUUUGGGGACCGCCUGGACCGCCUGGACCCCAAGGACCGCAGGGUUACCAAGGGCCAAGGGGAUACCAAGGACCAACGGGUUACGAAGGGCAGCCCGGUCCCCGUGGUCCACCCGGUCCUCUAGGGUUUCCGGGGCCUACUGGACAUCGCGGACCGUCCGGCCCUCCCGGACCCUCUGGACCUUCCGGAAGCCCCGGACCGUCCGGGCCUCCCGGACCGCCCGGUCCUCCCGGGCAGCCUGGUCUCGCAACGCCACGCUUGAAAGUAGGGAAAGGUGAUGAAUUCGAAUCGCUAGCAAAUCAGAUAAUAGCUAGUGACGAAGCCUAUCUCAACUACUGCAACAAGAAUAAGAACAGCGUACAAGAAAUCUACGGCGACGACUCAUAUAUGCUGAUAUACUCUGUACCAGGUUUCAAAGGUGCUAAUGUGAAUGUUAAGAUAAAACAUACUCUAAUCAGCGUGGUCGCCAUUGAAGCUGGGAAAGAAUUCAAAGACAUGAGAAUCCUACCUAGCAUGGUGAAUACCACUGCGGCUGCGUGGUAUGUGAAUGGUGAAACAAUUAGAAUGCUUCUUCCGUACAAAAUUCGCCUUAACCAGGAGAUGCCGAAGGUCUGUCAGACUAUCGAUGACAACGUGAAAGAUGUGCAAGAAAUGCCAGAUGUUUCGAAUUUGGAGAGACAGAAUCCACACGGCUAUGCCGUUCCGAAUUUCUCGCCGAAAACAAAAGGUCACAGUUAA